AUGGCUUGUGAAACCAAGACAUAUUUGGUUAUGCUGCUUCUUUUGUUGGUUGCAAACUACAUGCAACAUUGUGUUCUUGGGGUGUCCCAAGUGCCUUGCCUUUUCAUCUUUGGGGACUCUUUAUCUGAUAGUGGAAACAACAAUCAUCUUCCAACCUCUGCAAAAUCUAAUUACAGACCAUAUGGGAUCGACUUUCCAACAGGACCAACAGGAAGAUUUACCAAUGGCCGUACAGAAAUUGACAUAAUUACUCAACUUCUGGGAUUUGAGAAAUUCAUCCCACCCUUUGCAAACACUAGUGGUUCAGACAUACUUGAAGGUGUGAACUAUGCAUCUGGUGGAGCUGGAAUACGCCUUGAAACCGGCACAUAUUUGGGUGCUACUAUCAGCUUGGGAUCACAGUUAACAAAUCACAGAGUCAUAGUUUCUCAAAUUGCUAGCAGACUUGGAAGUCCUGACUUAGCUCGACAAUACCUUGAAAAAUGCUUGUAUUAUGUGAACAUAGGCAGCAAUGAUUACAUGACCAACUACUUCAAUCCCCAGCUCUACCCAACAAACAGCAUGUAUAGCCUUGAGCAGUACUCACAAGCUCUGAAUGAAGAGUUAUCUAUGAAUUUACUGGCUUUACAAGCCAUUGGAGCGAGAAAGUUUGUGUUGGUUGGUUUGGGCCUUUUAGGAUGCGCUCCAUCUGUCAUGAAUUCUCAUGGGACAAAUGGAUCUUGUGUUGAAGAGCAGAAUGAUGCAGCAUUCAACUUUAAUAACAAGCUUAAAGCUCUAGUGGAUCAAUUCAAUAACAGGUUCUCUCCAUAUUCCAAAUUCAUCUCUACUCACACUGCACCAAGGGCCCUCAACAAUACAGAUGGUUUUAAGGUUUCGGAUGCUGCUUGUUGCCCAUUGGGGUGUAUUCCUGAUCAAAAGGCGUGCUAUAAUAGGAGUGAAUAUGUGUUUUGGGAUGAAGCUCAUCCCACUGAGGCAUGGAACCUACUCAAUGCAAUAUCAUCUUAUAAUUCUACCACUAAUCCAGCCGUCACUUAUCCAAUGGAUAUCAUGCAUCUUGUUGAUUGUGAAAUUAAGAGGGAUUUGGAGUUCACAAAUGAGUCCAAUUCAAAGUUAAGUGCCACUGAAUAAGUUCUGGUUAUCAUGUAGUCGUUGGUAUGAAGUUGAAUUAAUUGUAUGAAUGUGCAAAGUAAUGAUCUGCUACUGAAUUGAAUGACAAGAUGGAAUCAAUCAAAUGAGUAAAUUUGCUACCCUUCCUCAAA